GCAACGUUUUAUAUCUUACAAGCAAGUGUUAGACUCCAUUUCUAAAUACUGGACUCCAAAUGAGAAGGUCCAGAAAUAUUAUAAAAAGAUCUUUGUUUUUUUACCCUAGGAUCCUUAUUUUCCUGAGAAGAUGCCUACGGCAACGAAAAGUUUGAUGUUCUUAUCCAGCUUUGUCACAAGCUUGGGGGCUUCCAUCGUAAUUUGUUCUAUUCUUACAACUCAAGAAUGGGUCCGCAGUACAGUUGGCAUUAGUGACACUUCUUCGAAUGGUAGUGUGAUCAUCACCUACGGACUCUUUCGUGGGAAGAGUAUUCAAGAAUUGAAUCAUGGACUUGCAGAAUCAGACAAAAAUUUUGAAGUUUUAGGGACAUUGAACAAUUCUUCCCCAAAGACUCUGCACUUGGUGGUCAUCCUGUUCCUGGUCCUCAGUUUGUUGACUUCACUGUUGAGCUCUGGGUUCACCUUCUACAACACCGUCAGCAACCCCUAUCAGACGUUCUUGGGACCGAUGGGGGUGUACACCUGGAGCGGACUCAGCGCAUCCUCCAUAUUCAUAACCAUGGUGCUCUUUGUGGGGAACACACAGUCCAAUCACCUCUCAGAAGAGCUGGCCCAGAGGCUCUACCCACUUUAUCCGGCAGCCACUCACCGAGGAGCGUCCCACAGUUACGGAUACUCGUUCUGGCUCUCUCUGCUCGUCAUUCUUCUAAACGUAGUCACCGUGGUCGUCAUCAUCUUCUACCAGAAGGCCAGACACCAGAGGAAGCAGGAGCAGAAAAAGCCCAUGGAAUAUGCCCCAAGGGAUGGAAUUUUAUUCUGAACUCUGUACCCGCAUUUGGUGGUUAGGUCUACUCUGUUGUGUGCCGGCUCCCCUAGUGGUAACUGGCUGGCUUGUCUGCAGGUAAAGUGCAGCCCUGUUUGACUGUCAUUCCGUGACAGUUUUUGUAUCUCAUGACACUAUGUUCUUCAUAACUGAUGUACCCUUGCAAAAGGAUUCUUCCCACGAGGGUGGGGAAGAUGAAAGAGAAAGCUCUCCAGUCCUUGUAGUGUUCAAAGCAGCAGAAUGAUUGUGAGCCUACGGACCCUUCUGACCGGGUCUCAAUCUCUUAGGUAAUAAAGCUUUGGGUUACACAUCUUCCCUUUGAGUUGCUCAAAGCACUUUGGUACCUAUGAUCUCAUUCAGGAGAGACCACGCAUUUUUCUUCCACUCUAUGAAUGAAGACUUCCAGGCACAGAGAGAUUCAGAACUUGUUUUUCCCAGACCAGGUGUUGGAAGCAAAAGGAGAGACUUAGGGGUGUACGACCUGGUCCUCUGGACCCUCAACCGCCAAUAUAACUUAAACCCAAUGGUGACUAGAAAUGCUGAUAUUCAUUUUUGAGUUUCCAAGAUGGGUUUUUUUGUAGGGAAAAGAUUAGGAAGGAAGAAGAUCAAGGAAAGAUUAAAAUUAUAGCCCUACAGCCUCAUGCUAAGAAGGUUAAAUAUAUUUUUGCUUUAAAAAGAUUGUGGUGAAUUCAGUCAAAAGAGAAAUGUCAUAUUGUGGUAAGUUCUAAAAACCCCAUCAACCAACCCUCUGCUUAGUUGCUGCAGUGUCACCGACACAGGUGUAGAUGGUCAGGUGGGAGUGUAUCACCCAUCAGCAGACUCCUGCCCAGCCAGAGGCUAAGAAAUGGGUUCCAGCUCUAUGGCUUGCAGGCAUACCCUGAUUCAGGGCCAGGGCAGGUGCACAGCACAGGUGAUGGGUUGCCUUCUAAGAACAGGUGGGUGGAACGAGUUCAUGGCCUCAUGAGAGGACAAUGGGUGACCUGAAAUAUUUUAAAAGACACCAGAUGGAUUCGACCUACUUCGCCAGUAGGAUAUUCUCCCGGAAAAUCACUUUGAGAAUCUUUUGGGCUUGACAGAACACUGACAGAAUUCUGAAAUAAUCACCUUUCAUGUCUUGAUGGAACCAGAGCCAAAAGAAGCAGAAUUCCCUUAGUGUAAUUUACAAAGCAGCAGCUCUUUGGACAGAAAGAUACAUCCUUUAUGAAACUGGCAGAGAUUAACCAUCUUCUUACCCAUUACUUUUUAACAAUCUGUCUUAGAAAUAACAUUUUUCAUUCAAGAAACAUGCACUGAAUACCUGCGAUGUGAUUAAUGCCUUGCUAAGCCAGGUACCUGCCCCCACGGAGAUCACAACUGAACAGUCAAGACAGACAUUCAAAAAGCAGUCACUAAUUCCGUGUGAAAUCCGUUCUUAGUCACAAAACUGUGUUCAUCCUUUGAAAGGUCAGUUCUCCAUAACCUCCCUCUGCCAAAUCCUACUAAAGUCAAAAUUACUCUAAUAAAUCAACUUAGUGUGAAACUGAGCAUAUUAAAAAUAUGAUUACCCACAGUGAAA